AUGUUUCUUACACUAUUUUUACUUGUAAUUCUUCUAAUUCUCUAUCAUCAAAUUCGUUCAUUUCGUUACUUUUCCUCGCGCUCAGUUCCUGGUCCUCAUACUUCACUCUUCUUUGGUAAUCUACGUCAACUAUGGAACUGCCAAAGUAUUAGUCGACAACUUCAACUUUGGACCAACAAAUUUGGACCAAUCUACGGUCUCUACGAAGGUGCUCGUCAACGGGUUUGGAUUGUCAGUGAUGUGAAAUUUCUAGAGGAUGUAUUUAUUAAACAAUAUUCACACUUUACAUCACGUAAACCAAUUGCAAUUUUUCUUAAUCCAAAUGAAAAGUAUCCAAGUCUGUUGAAUGCAAAAACCGAGAAGUGGAAACGCCAGAGAAAAGUAAUGAAUACAAUAUUUUCAACAAUUAAAUUAAAGGAUCUAUUUCCCUACAUGAAUUCCUGUGUCACUCAUUUCCUCUUCAAACUUUCUACAACCGGCUCUUCUGAUAUCAAUAUCUAUACUUUCUACAAACGCCUUACAUUUGAUAUAAUUUGUUCCUGUUGUUAUGGUUUGGAUACGUCUUCCGAAGAAUAUUAUCAAAAAGUUGAAGAGAUCUUUGCAAUUGAUGUUACACAAUCUCUAUGGGUAAAAUUAACUUGUUUACUUGGUUCGACGUCAUUUCUCUCACAAUUGAUUGAAAAACUGUACAGAUCACAAGAUGAUUUCAAACGUUUUUUGAAUGGAAAACAGAAUUUUUUUCAAUUUGGUGAAUUUCCAAGAUAUUGGAUCAGAGAAAAAGUUCGAGAAAUUGUUGAUCUAGGAAUAAAAAGUCGUGACGAUGAUGAAAAAAUUGAUUUAGUGCAUUUAUUAUUGAAAGCUACAGAUAAGAAUUUUACUCAAUGUUGCACCAAACAUUCAUCAUUUACACUUCGUCUUCUUCCUCUAAUUUUCCUAGAUGAUAUUGUUCAAGCUGAUGUCUAUUCACUCCACUAUUCUUUGGAUCUCUGGGGACCAACUGAUCCAGACGUAUUCUACCCUGAUCGUCAUAUUACACAAAAAUCACAAUCCGCUUUCCUCGGAUUUGGGUUAGGCCCACGCCAAUGUAUUGGCAUGCGUUUUGCUAUGUCAAUUAUUAAAUUAACAUUGAUACGUUUACUGAAGAAGUAUACGGUGGUACAUAGUAACAAAUUAGAAGAAAAUUGGUGUUUACAAGAUAAACGUGUUAUAACUCCACAGAGCUGUUGGAUUCGACUAGAAGCGAGACAAUGA